AUGAUAGACAAAAUACUAAAGAAAUUGAGUUUGAAGAAUUGCAAGAAGGGAUCUAGAUAUAUAUUAGGCGGAUUAGUCACUUUAUGGUUAACGUUGGUUUUGUUGGCUCCUUUAAUCGAAUUCGCGAAAAUUGUUACUUUUAUAUUUGUCAGGAGCGAUGGUGUAAUAAAAUUGAAUAACGCUGUCGAAUUGACUUAUUUCUUAAUUGCAAGUUUUGUUCCAUGGUGGAUAAUUGCAACAAAUUGUUUUGCUUGUUGCAUACAAACAGGAUUAACUCCCAAUAUACUUAAACAAAAAUUAUUGGACGAUAUUGGGGAUAUCCCAUCUAAUUGUCCGUCGGAUUAUCCAUACCCAGUUCCAAAACUUUAUUUGGCAUGCAUGAUAAGAGCUACCAAUUUUGUUUUCAUGUGGAUGUAUACAUGCUUAAAUAUUAUUUUUUUACUGAUGGCAUUUUCUGGAAUUUUGCCAACAGAAGAUGAACUCGUGAGGAAAAAGAAAGAUUUUAACAUCAAAACUAUUAUUGAAGGUAUUGAAGAUGAUGAAGAAAAGAAAUGA